GUGUGUGUCGUUUCGCAAUUUAAACUAUAUCACUUGCUCUAACCAAAUGCAAAAAUGUUGACAUUCAAUAUAUCCCUGGUUUGCAGAAACGUCCAAUACCAAAAUUUUUUAUGGGUGACUGACCUGGGCAAAUAUGUGUGUGAUGUCCACUUUUCUGCUCUGACUCAUAUGGAAUGAGUAUUUAAGAAACACAUACUGUAUAUGUGUAUUAUUGCUGAACUAUUUGGUUUAAGGAGAGGAUGGCGAGGACCCCGGACAAGAGACUGAAUGAACAUCAGAAACAGAAAACCUCAACCGUCUGUGAAGAACAAAAUCGACCACAGCAUCGACGGAGAGGAGGUCAAAGGUCAUCGAACGGAACGGCCAGAGAAGGAUCAAGGAAGCUGCUGUGAGAUCGUGAGAUGCACUUGAAACCUCUGAAAGCUAGGAAAGAAUGCAGGCGUCAUGGUGACCCAGUGAGAAAAAACAAAGCAUCAUUGAGAGGCACAGUGCUCAAUGCGUCUCCAAGUGCGCACGACCAGUCUGCAGCAGCAGCAGCGUUCCGCACACCGCUCGCCAGGCAUCUGGCCGCUCUGCGUUUUAUUCCUGGAGGCGCUGCUUUUCGCUUUUCAAUCGUCCCCCAACAGGUGGAAGAGUCGAGUGGGGAAAGAACAUCGGUGGAAAAAGACACCCUGGGGGGGAAACUGGACUGCCGAACCAGGUUGUAAUCCGUGGAGGAAAACUUGGUUUGUGGCUUAUUUUCGUCUCCAGGAUUUGUUGCGCGGUGCGCUGAAUGCGUUUUUUUUUUUUUCCCCCUAAAAAAAUCAGACCGAAUGGAAGUCGUGAUGACCGGAUCUGGAUGUACUGUGGGGGAUACUAUCAAGUCUCCAAAAAAAAUGAGAGGGGAGAAUGCAGACUAGACUAAAAAAAAAAAACCAAGAGAAAGACGGACUGGCAUCACAUUACCAAGCAGGGUCUCCAUGCAGAUCCACACUGCAGGGGGAAAUUCAAGAAGUUGAGGUUUUAAAGCAUCUGUUUUAUUAGUACUCAUGUCUGGAUAUUCUCCAAAGGAAGAAUCUCCAUGAGCGAAGUUCCAAUGCCCAACAUCCCAAAGUGUGAACUCCCCCAGCUUGGCAGCAGCUGUAGCAGUGUUUGCAGAGUGCUGGUGAGCUGAAGUCCAGGGAGAUGUCACAGCUUUACUACCGGCGGACUGACAGCUCCUCGUACCGGGACCGCAUCCCGCUGAGAAUUGUGCGGGCCGAGUCGGAGCUGUCGCCUUUGGAGAAAGCCUACCUCGGCGCUGUGGAGAAGGGAGACUAUGCUAGUGUCAAACAGGCUCUGGAGGAGGCAGAGAUCUACUUCAAGAUCAACAUCAACUGCAUCGACCCUCUCGGCCGCACGGCUCUGCUGAUCGCCAUAGAGAACGAGAACCUGGAGAUCAUCGAGCUCUUGCUGAGCUUCAACGUCUACGUCGGCGACGCACUGCUGCACGCCAUCCGCAAGGAAGUGGUGGGAGCUGUGGAGCUGCUGCUAAAUCACAAGAAGCCUAGUGGUGGCAUGCAGGUUCCUCCUAUCUUAUUGGACAAGCAGUUCUCUGACUUCACCCCUGACAUCACUCCCAUCAUCCUCGCUGCACACACCAACAACUAUGAAAUUAUCAAGCUUCUGGUGCAGAAAGGCGUGUCUAUGCCGCAGCCGCAUGAGGUGCGCUGUAACUGUGUGGAGUGUGUGUCUAGUUCAGACGUGGACAGCCUGCGGCACUCGCGCUCCCGCCUCAAUAUCUACAAAGCGCUGUCUAGUCCCUCGCUAAUUGCGCUCUCCAGCGAGGACCCCUUCCUCACAGCGUUCAGGCUCAGCUGGGAGCUGCAGGAGCUCAGCAAGGUGGAGAACGAGUUCAAAUCCGAGUAUGAGGAACUGUCUCAGCAGUGUAAACAGUUUGCCAAGGACCUCCUGGACCAAACGAGAAGCUCCAGAGAGCUGGAGAUGAUCCUCAACUACAAAGACGACAUCAACUUAUUGGAGGAAGAGGGCAACAACGACCUGGCACGACUCAAGCUAGCUAUCAAGUACCACCAAAAAGAGUUUGUAGCUCAGCCAAACUGCCAGCAGCUUUUGGCGUCCCGCUGGUACGAUGAGUUCCCCGGCUGGAGGCGACGCCACUGGGCAGGGAAGUUCGUCACCUGUGUCUUCAUCGGCCUCCUCUACCCCUUGUUCGCUGUCUGGUACCUCAUCGCUCCCAAGAGUCACCACGGCCUCUUCAUCCGCAAGCCCUUCAUCAAGUUCAUCUGCCACACAGCGUCCUACCUGACCUUUCUGUUCCUGCUGCUCCUCGCCUCCCAGCACAUUGUCACCACGGAGCAAGACCGGCAGGACAGACAGGGCCCCGCACCAACCACUGUGGAGUGGAUGAUCCUGCCCUGGGUGCUGGGAUUCAUCUGGGCAGAGAUCAAACAAAUGUGGGACGGUGGUUUCCAAGACUACGUCCAUGACUGGUGGAACCUGAUGGACUUCGUCAUGAACUCUCUAUACCUGGCCACCAUCUCCCUCAAGAUUGUAGCCUACACUAAGUACAGCGGCAGUAAACCCAGAAACCAGUGGGAGAUGUGGCACCCAACGCUUGUAGCCGAGGCGGUGUUUGCCAUAGCGAACAUUUUCAGUUCCCUGCGCCUCAUCUCACUGUUCACCGCCAACUCACACCUGGGGCCGCUGCAGAUCUCUCUGGGGAGAAUGCUGCUGGACAUCCUGAAGUUCCUCUUUAUCUACUGUCUGGUCCUACUUGCCUUUGCUAACGGGCUGAACCAGCUGUACUUUUACUACGAGACCAAGGCUUCAGAUGAGAGGGGGAAAUGCAAAGGCAUCCGUUGUGUGGAGCAGAAUAACGCUUUCUCCACGUUAUUUGAGACGCUGCAGUCUCUCUUCUGGUCAAUUUUUGGUCUGAUCAGCCUGUACGUGACCAACGUGGACGCAGACCAUCAGUUCACCGAGUUUGUCGGCGCCACCAUGUUCGGCACCUACAACAUCAUCUCGCUGGUGGUGCUCCUCAACAUGCUCAUAGCCAUGAUGAACAACUCCUACCAGCACAUCGCUGAUCACGCAGAUAUUGAGUGGAAGUUUGCCAGGACGAAGCUGUGGAUGAGUUACUUUGAAGAAGGGGCCACUCUGCCGCCCCCGUUCAACAUCAUCCCCAGCCCCAAAUCAUUCUUGUACCUUGUGUGCUGGAUCAAGAGGCAAGUGUGCAAGAGGACAAGAUCCAAGCGCCCUGGAACCUUCGGAAGUCUCGGAAGGCGAGCAGCAGAGAACCUGAGAAGAAACCAUCAGUAUCAGGAGGUACUGAGGAACUUGGUGAAGCGUUACGUGGCCGCCAUGAUCAGAGAUGCCAAGACCGAGGAAGGCCUGACUGAAGAGAACUUCAAGGAGCUGAAACAGGAUAUCUCCAGUUUCCGUUACGAGGUGAUGGGCAUGGUGAAGACAGGGAAGCCUGCUCUACAGGGGGCAAAGGCCAGCGGCAGCUCAGUGGAUUCUAGUCUUGCUUACCCCAACGCCUCGCUCAAGGUUACUCCCUCCCCGCAGAGCAGCCAGGGGAAAAGCAAACUCAACCGUUUCAAGAUAAUCGCGUCCAUCCUCAAGCAGGGCAGUUCCACAGCAUCACCCAGGCCGCCCGAAGACUCUAACGGCCUUCCUAACGGACUCGUGGUCUCCGACGAGAGCUCCGGCAAAAAGUCAAGCCAGAAGAGAAAUUCCCCUAAAGACACCACUGACUUUGGCUCGUUCCAGAAAUGUCACUGGGGCGGCAGCGAAGCCACAUCAGGCGCAGGAGAGAUCUCCAGAGAGAUGUACUCGUUGUCAGAGGAAGCGGGGGAGUCCGGCGGCUCGGACGCAGAGCAGCAGGACAAAGAGUGUAAGGUGAGAGGUGAGGAUGGGAAAGGACUCCUGCAGAUAGAAAAGGAGGAGGAAGCUGCAGCAAACGAGGCCCCGGGUGAGAACAGCGAGGUCUCGAACGCCAGCAACAGCACGGGUGAAGGUGGAAAAAAAGAAAGCGAGGAAAAGGAUAAAGAGUGUUUACCCUGCAGUGACUCAUUAGCUAGUGGAUGUUUGUCAGGGUCAUCCAGAGAAGAAGCAUAAGACGUGACAUGUGAUACAAGACUAAAGGCCAAGUAAUGCUGGACUGAAGACAGACAAUCAAUGUGAGCUUCAGGAGAGGAUGUUGAGAAAAGAGAACGUUUACAGUUAUUGCUAAACUAAUGAUCAGAUUUGAUCUUUGGAGACUCAGGGAGGCCUUUGGUUUAAGUGAUUUAAAUGCCGUUAUGUUAGCAGGGGAGAUGCAGCAAAGGGAAACGGAGCUCUGUGUGAGCAGGCGAGGAUUUAGAUUUUAGGAUAAAGUAAUUUCAUCUUAUCUCGCCCCUACUGAUGAUUGGAAAUAAUUAUUUCCUGAAACUGAUCUUUUUUGUAUCCUCCUUGAUGUGUGCUCUUCUUUUCAUUUUACCCAUAAUUCACCAUCUCCUUCAUCAAUCUCUCUCUACCUCUUCUUUAUCUCUACACCGCUUAACUCUCCCCAUCCUUAUCUCACUAGAGCAAUAGGUGUGUUCUGUUUUUAGACCCGACUCUCUGCCUUACUCUGUCUGUUUCUGCACUUUACACACUUUACACAGGUGAACGGUAUAUCGCUGAUCAUGCAACAACAAUUCUGUCAAUGUUUUUCUAUGCAAAAACCUGGGAUUGUGAUUCUCAUCAUCCUGAAGAGGACAGACGGUUCAUGACAAGUACUCUCACAUGUAAAGUGGACGAUGAAGAAUAACAGGAGGUUAUAUAAUAUGAACACAGCCUAUCAACUAUUUAGAGCAACAUAUUAUUCAUGUUUUAUCACUCCUACAGAAAAUAAACGUGUUAUUUUGAAGAGAUUUGCUGUUUUUAACUGGUACAUUUUAGAUGUCAUGUUGGUUUGAAUGAAUGAUGUUCUAGAGAUUAAAAACGUAGAUCAAAUAUA